AACGGUAUCUGCGUGCGCCGCUUGGCUGGUGCUGUACGUGUGCGUGCUGCUCAUCCGCGCGGCCGGGCUGGUGAAGCAGAGUUCGUUUCGGCGCCAGGCAGCCUCGCGCUUUGGCCGCCUAGCCGGACGUGGCGCUCGCUCCAUGCAGCUCGUCGGCGGCGUGGCCGACGGCCCCGCCAUGAAGCAGGUGGACGCGGAGCUGCAGAAGAGGCGGCUGGUGCGAGCAAAAACGUUACUGCCAUACGGCGUCCUGGCCCUCGCGUGCGUUAUCGCCUUGAUGCUCGUGCGGGCGACGAACCCAGAGCCGCGCAGGAACUCGCUCGUGCAGGACGUCUGCACAGCGGUGAUUGCUAUCUCGACUCUCCUUGUCUGGGCGGUCCCUCGAGCCUUGACGCUGAGAAUCCUGAACACGUGGUCCACAAUUGUGGUCGUGACCAUGGCGGUGAACGUGUCUGCGGCCGGGAUGGGGCACUAUUCUGCCUCACCUCUCCUGCUGUCCUUUGGUUCCGUGAUUGUGAUUAGCCUGCUGAACAUGAAUUUGUGGCUGAAUCUCGCGUGGUUGUGCAGCAUUUCUUUGGCGAUCUGCAGCGCGAUCGUAUUCGACUCCGAGUCGUCUGAUGCAUCUGAGCAUGAAUGCCGUUCACAGCCGCGCAUAGACAUAGUCUUUGAAGUGUUCGCGGCGACCUUAGUCUUUGGGAUCUUCAUCGCCCUGUUCCAUCAGCUUGUCCGCCUUGCUGUGCGGUGCGAGAUAGAAGCUCGCAGCUCGAGAACCGAGCUCAAGGCAGCGCGCUCUGUGCUCAGCGGCGUCUGCGACGCCGUGGUGGAGCUUGACAGCGACUUCCGCCUGCAGGACGGGUCUCCCCAGCUCGUGGACAUGCUCCUGCUGAACCCGCAGCGCUCUCUCUUGGGCGAGGACCUGAGGUCGUUCCUGGCGUCUGAGAAGGACCGCCAGAAGUUCUCCGAGCAGAUGGGCAAGGCUUCGCUCCUGAGCGAGGACGAGCUGGCCACCGGGCUCAGCGCAGCGUUCCACGUCUCCAUGAGGGACAGCUCCAGCAUACCCCUCGACGCCGAGGUCUUCAGCGUGCGCUUCGUGAACCGGGAGGGGAAGGCGGCGUAUUUUGUCGGCAUCCGCGAGUUCACCGACACGAGCCCGAUGCUGAGAGGCGAUGCCCCGGAGGUGCGGCACCGCGGCCAGACCAGCGGCCUGCCGGGCGCUCCUCGUCGGGGGGGCUCCUCGCUCGCGAGCGCCCCCCGGGACGACGCCAGCCACUGCAGCCAGGACUCCUGGAGCGUGCACUCGGGGGCCUCCUCGUGGGACGGGGAGGCCCUGCUGGACGAGGAGCCCGCGGCCUGGAUCGACGUCCUGAGCCCGCGCUGCCCCGUGAAGCACUGCACCCCGGCCUUCGCGCAGUGGGUGGACACCCGGGGGGGCGAGCUCCUGGCCGCCAUGCAGCGCUCCCAGCGGCCCGAGUUCACGAGCUGGUCGCAGGAGGCCUACCGCGCCCUGCUCCACGCGCAGGAGGCGCCGGAGGACGGCUCCGGCCCCGCCCACCUGGAGUACCGCCGGCGGCUCUUCUUCAAGUCCCCCGCGCGCCGGGCCGCGGAGCCGGCGGGCUCGGCGCGGGCGAAGUGCGUGAUCUCGACCACCCUGAGGCUCGACCUGGCGCGGCCGCCCGACCAGCAGGACCAUGGCCCCGGAGUGGUGCGCAUCCUCCUCCAGGAGACCCCAAGCUGGGCAGCGCGCCGAAGGCCCCGAAGGCCCCGCCCCCCCCGCCGAGCCAGCCGCGGCGCGGCACGCCCACCACCGCCGAGGCCGCCAGCGGGCAGCUGCGCGACGUCGGGGGGCCCGCGCCCCCCGCGCGCGCGCCGCGGCGCUCCGCCGCGGCGCCGCCGCGGUGAGCCGCGCCCCCC